GAUUGUUAUAAUCCACGUGCCCUUGCAAAGGGAGCAUAUGUUGAUGCCGUUGCGACAACAACGUACCGGCACAACAGCAUCCCCUGCUAUAUUAAUGGAAGACGCACCGAAGUUCCACUUAAUAGGCAUAGCUCGCGCACGAUGUGCCAUACCCACAGCACCAACUUACGCAGGUUCACCUUUGAAUUUCUGGCUCAUUCCCAAGCAACGCUACCGGUACCGCUCGUUGAUUUAUGCCGGGUUAUAGCUAAGUGGCUAUAAAGAAUUGAGCAACCUUACCUAUUUCAAAAUGCUUUCGUUAUCUACCGAUAGUAGUGGGCUGAAAGGUGGUUGAGGCGCAAGGACGCAGUGGUAGUCUAGCACACAAAUGGCGGAUGGAAAUGGACUGGUAGCGGCCUAUAGCGACUUGCUGAUUCUCCACGGGGCCAUUGUGUUUUUCCUUCAGGUUGGCUUUGUGUCGCUGGAGGUCGGUUACGGACGCUCAAAGAAUGUUAAGAACAUCCUUCUAAAGAACACUAUCAAUAUACUCUUGUGCGCCAUCGUCUGGUGGUCCGUGGGUUAUGCCUUUGCCAACGGCAACUCUGCUGGCGGCUUCGUUGGCACCUCGGGCUUCUUCCACGACGGUGGCAUCAACGUCUCCACCCGCAACUGGUUCUACAGCUGGACCUUCUGCCUCUCCACCGUCACCAUCGUUAGCGGCUGCCUGGCCGAGCGUACGGCACUCGUGUCGUACCCUGCCGUAACGCUGCUGAUGGCGGCGUGGCUGCACCCCGUGGCGGCGCAUUGGGCCUGGCAUCGGAACUCUUGGCUGACUGGGUUGGGGUCAGGAGAGGGUUGCCGCUUCCUGGACUUUGCCGGCGGCACGGCGGUGCAUGUCUGCGGCGGGCUCGUGGGGCUGGUGGGAGCUGCGCUGGUGGGCCCCCGCAUCGGCCGUUUCGAGGAGGGCCGGCCCAAGGACAUGCCGGGACACGAUGUGUCGUCAGUCGCCAUUGGAACGCUGUUCCUGUGGUUUGGCUGGUUCGGCUUCAACUGCGGUUCCACCUACAUCUACCAGGGCAGCCUCGCAGCCUCCUCCGCCGCCACCUCCUCCCUUCCACCCUCCCUUGAGGACGCCACCCUCUCCUUACCGCCCUCCUAUGACUCCUCCGCCUCCUCCUACUCAGCUAGCACCGCCUCUUCCGCAUACCUCUCCUCUCCAUCCGACCGAGUCGCGCUGAACAUGACUCUCACCGCCAGCGUGUCCGGCCUGGCGGCGCUGCUGCUGAGCUCCCUUCGCUCCGGAACCGUGGACCUCUGCGUCUGCUGCAACGCAUUGCUAGCCGGGCUGGUGAUGGCCACCCCCGCUUGCGGCUUCAUCACCUCCUGGGCUGCGGUGGUGUACGGGCUUGUGGCGGCGGCGAUUUACCUGGGAGGAGCGAGGCUGCUGCUUCGUUGGCAGAUUGACGACCCGCUCGACUCUUCCGCCAUCCACUUUGGCUGCGGCAGCAUGGGGACGCUGCUGCUAGGCCUGCUAGCGCGACCCGCCUACGUGGCCCAGCUGACAGGCAGCAGCUGUGGCGGGCUCUUCUAUGGCGACGGACGCAAGGGCGGCAUCCUGCUGGGCCUGCAAGCACUAGGUGUGGUAUCCGUCGCUGCAUGGACUGGGUGCCUCUCCUUGGCGGUCUUCUGGGUCUUGCGUCGCUCCGGCCGGUUACGGGUGGACCAGGUAACGGAGCUGGCGGGCUUGGACAACAUGGAACACGGCGGCCCCGCUUACCCCGAGUUUAACAUGGUGCCGUACAACACGGGCAGCACGGAGCGGUGAACCAUGUCCUGAUGGUGCAGAGGACAGGAAGGUGGGUUAUAUGAUGUAGGGUGGUCGCUGCUGGUAGGUUUGUGAAGGCCAGGUCGGAGUGGAGGUGGUUACGAGGGUUGCAGGGUAUAGUGAGAUGCGGCUCAGCCAGUGAGAAAGCGCAAGCAUGCAUUAAGUACGGGGCCUGGGCGGUGAUCGCGAAUGGAUGCCGAAAGGAUGGUUAGUGGAGGGAGAGGCGCCACUUCACGGUCAAGUAGAGGGAUGCAUGGGGACAUGUGGAUUUUGCAUUAUUGCUUGCGGUAAUGCGGGGAAAGAGCCAUGCCGUCUUUAGGUAACCGAGAAACAAACAGCUACGUUGUCUUCGAAAGGGCAUGGGGCGGCAGGUAUUGCUAGCCUGAGGAUACCCCUUUCUCGAAGGCGAUAUGGUGCGCAGGGUCCUUGGAUGGCUCCCAUUCUUAAAAUGACCCGUGGGUCACUCACAGCACUGCGGCUUGUACACGGGCGGGAGACGCAAGCUGAUGUCCACAGGUGUUUUUAAGUUGCUAUGGCGAGAAGGGCGCCAACAUGGUAAUAAGGGAUUCCAAAGGAAAGGCGUUUUCCUUGUUUAUGUGGAUCUAUAUGCGGUGGCGUCUGUUGUUAAUCCUGACCGAAGCAACCGCUGCCCCCGGACUUUGGUCAGGCUAAUGUGUUUUUUCUUUCAAGCAUUGGGAUAGCAUUGUGCAUUACUCAUCAACCCAAUCGUUAGACGGAUCUUUAGG